CCAGUGACAGCCACAACCUCUGUGAAGCUGGCUUGGAAAAUUUCUUGCAUCCGUUCCAUGACCUGAAGGUCAAACAGCUCUAAGCCCAAAACAUUUACUUUUACAGGAACAGUUAUUCUGUCAUUUUUUUGAAGUUCCGUAUUAGAUCUGUUAUGUGUGUUGUAUUUCAGAUACAUCUGAUCUUUUGGUACGGUCUCAAAUUUUCACCAUUUAUUUUAUUUAUUUUACCUUUAUUUAAUCAGAUAAAAGACCCAUUGAGAUUGAGACCUCUUUCACAAUGGUGACCUGGCCAAGAGAGGCAGCAGCAAACAUCAAAGUAAACAAAAUACACACAGAUAACAAUAAAAACAAACAUUAAAAUAUUAAAUACAAGUAGUUACAUACAUAAAAUACAGGAGUCAUUUUUACAGUAAUAAUUAUAAUUUAAGAACACAGGUACUGUUCAAAGGAUUUCCGUUGUCGAUAUCUUAAAAUAGAGCGGAAGGCCUCCAAUGAAACAAAUUUUGACAUUUUCAUUUCAGAUUGCAGAGCAUUCCAAGCACAGGGGGCAGAGGAACUGAAAGUUUUUUUCCUCAUUUCAGUUCAAACACGAUGAGCCGAGAGAUGCAAAAUGUCAUGAGAUCGUAGGGCAUAACGGCUUCCAGUUCUCUGAAGAAGAGUGCACAGAUAAGUGGGACCUAAGCCAAGAAGUGCUUUGUAAACCAGAGUCAUCCAAUGUGUAUAUCGCCUUACAUUCAAAGAAGGCAUACCGUUUUUUUUUUGUGUCAGUUUGAAAGCAUGCGAGAAGAAAGUAGACAUAGGAGAAUGUGAUUUGAUAAGUUAACAUGAAAUAGAGCAGUUUAACAUCAACUGCACUCUGGACCCAAAUGCAUCAACCAGAGAGCUCAGAUUGACUGAUAAAAGCAGUUGUAUCCUGAUCAUCCAGACAGAUUUGGCUGCUGGAUUCAGCUGCUGUGUGCAAAUGGUCUGACUGGUCACUGUGUCCAGUCCAGUGUCUCAUGUUACCUGGACACUGUAUUAGAUUAGUUUUGUGCAACAGUGAGCUUUACAACUGAGUCAUUCAGCUUGACAGUGUUAAUUACUAUUCUGCAGUUCUACAGAUUCAUUUAGCAGACGCUUUUAUCCAAAGCAACGUACAUCUAAGAGUAGAUACAACACAAGCAAUGAUCUAAUCAGGAGAAAACAACCUGGAUAAAUGCCAUAAUACAUUUUUCUGGUCUAUGCAUGUGAGAUAUUUUGACAUUAUCAAUUUUUACUUUCUUGUGCACGUUGUUUUAGCCUUUUGAUAUUUUUAUAAUUUAAUAUGGUAUCUACUGACAGUAUUUUGAAUGUAGAUGGUAAAGGAAAAUAAUAUGUAGUUAUUUACAUCCUAUUGUAGAGGUUCCCCUCAGCUCCUCUUAAACUGUAAGUUGGAAAUGACUGUGAAAUAAUGUGAUCUAUGAAUAACCAUUUAAAACACAUCUUCAUCCAAAAUGUGCAAAGUUUGGUUUCAUGAAUAAUUCACAUUCUUGGUGCAGAUUUUCUGAGUCGUUCAGUGUUGCUGCUUGAUUUUAGUCCUUUGUAGUUGUGCAAACUAUCUGCACUUACUGAUUGUUUUCAUUUGAUAGUGAGUCCACUAAUUCUUAAUAUGCCACCAUCAAAACAACUUGCUUGGAAGAGUCUAUUAUUGCAGAAUUUUCCACGAUGCUUGUCUAAACGGGUGAAUCACCUGCAGGAUCUGGCUGACCGUGAGCAGAAUUUAGUGACUUCCAGCCUCAGGAUGUUUGUGGAGUUGAUCACAGACAUUUUAUUCUUUAAAUUGCCCAUCACCAUCAUCUAGUGGACAGCUGGUAGAACUACAGCACCUGAUCUGAGACUGGCUGGAGAUGACUGCGUGUGAAAACUUAAUUAGUAGUAAUAAGUAAGAAAGAAUUAAAUUUUGGUUUCGAAAGCUUUAUCAGACACAGUAACAAAUGGAGGCAGGUAAGUGACGAUUCACUAUAUAGAGCCUCAAGUUUUGAGGACAGUUUCUAUCCCCUGGCCAUAAAACUGAUUAACACUUCCUCCUCUCCAGAUUAUCAAAUUCAAAAAUAACCAAAGGGCCUAUUGUAAUCUUGCACUACUGUACAUUUUUGCACAGCGUGACUCUUUAACUAUAAAUGCUUUUCUGUAUAUAACCCUGUUGCACCAAUGUGAGCAUUUGAAUGAGUGCAUUUGAUUGCACUGAUAACCCUCAACUGCCUGCAUGUGACAAGAAAAAGGUUGGUAGCAAAGAACAAGGAAAUGAAUACUUCUGUCUGCUGGGAAAGUGACACAGGUUAAACUGGUUUCGUGCCACCCUCAUAUUUAUCAUUCUUGGACUCUUGAAUGCAUGCAAAUGUGACUGUUUCUUCAGGUCAAAUCACACAGACGGCAGGACUAACGAAGGAGAAUGAGCAGCUUCUUCUCUCCAAAUGUUUUUAUUCGACACAUGAAGGUGGAAAGUGUCUUAAAGCUGAUCUGAAGUGUGGCUCUGCGAUGAAUCAGAGUGAGGACAAAGAGGAGGGAGUUCCUCCCUCUAAAGCCACCCUGCUGGGGGAACAUGAGAACCAGAACAAAGCUCAGAGAAUUCGUCAGCGGGAAGCUGACUCUCCUGAACCCAGCUGCGUGUCCAUGAAGAGCGACAACUCAAUGUAUCGACCUACUGUUUUCAAAGACAAAAGCCACUCAUUUGAAGACGUGUAUGAGACACCAGAUGCUCCUGGACCAAGCUUUGUUUCCAUGAAGAGUGACCACUCCAUGUAUCGACCGACUGUCUUCAAAGAGAGACACAGCUCAACUGUUAAAAGGAUCAGCGAGCAGCGAGCAGUCUCUGCUAAACCCAGCGGUGUUUCCAUGAAGAGUGACAGUUCCAUGUAUCGACCUACUGUCUUCAAAAAGAGGCAUCACUCUGUUGAUGAAGUGAUCCAUCCGACUGCAGACUCUCCUCAACCCAGUGGUGUUUCCAUGAAGAGUGACAACUCCAUGUAUCGACCUACUGUCUUCAAACAGGGAUGCCAGUCAGAAGUCCUUUAUGACCAGAGCUUAGAGGAUCUCAGUGGUCGUUCCAACCAGCAGCACCGAACAAACCUGAACACCUUAUUUCUGCUGCUGGAGGAGAACAUUAUCAGUUACACAAAGAAGGAGUUGAAGAAGCUCCAGGAGACUCUGAGUCCAGAAGGCUUAGAGAGUCAGAGAGAGGAGGAGGAGGUGUUGGAGGGUGAGGAUGAAGAGCAGAGGAGGAGCAACAGAGAGUCAUUUCUGAAGAUCACACUGCACUUCCUGAGGAGAAUGAAGCAGGAGGAUCUGGCUGACCGUCUGCAGAGCAGAAUCGGUACUACUGUGUGUCGACAGAGACUGAAAUCAACACUGAAGAAGAAGUUCCAGUGUGUGUUUGAGGGGAUCGCUAAAGCAGGAAACCCAACUCUUCUGAAUCAGAUCUACACAGAGCUCUACAUCACAGAGGGAGGGACUGCAGAGGUCAAUGAUGAACAUGAGGUCAGACAGAUUGAAACAACAUCCAGGAAACCAGACAGAGCAGAAACAACCAUCAGACAAGAAGACAUCUUUAAAGGCUCACCUGGAAGAGAUGAACCAAUCAGAACAGUGAUGACAAAGGGAGUGGCUGGCAUUGGGAAAACUGUCUUAACACAGAAGUUCACUCUGGACUGGGCUGAAGACAAAACCAACCAGGACAUCUACUUCACAUUUCCACUCACUUUCAGAGAGCUGAAUGUGCUGAAAGAGAAAAAAUACAGUUUGGUGGAACUUGUUCAUCACUUCUUUACUGAAACCAAAGAAGCAGGAAUCUGCAACUUUCAACACUUCCAGGUUGUGUUCAUCUUUGAUGGUCUGGAUGAGUGUCGACUUCCUCUGGACUUCCACAACAAUGAGAUCCUGACUGAUGUUACAGAGUCCACCUCAGUGGAUGUGCUGCUGACAAACCUCAUCAGGGGGAAACUGCUUCCUUCUGCUCGCCUCUGGAUAACCACACGACCUGCAGCAGCCAAUCAGAUCCCUCCUGAGUGUGUUGACAUGGUGACAGAGAUCAGAGGGUUCACUGACCCACAGAAGGAGGAGUACUUCAGGAAGAGAUUCAGAGAUGAGGAGCAGACCAUCAGCAUCAUCUCCCACAUCAAGACAUCACGAAGCCUCCACAUCAUGUGCCACAUCCCAGUCUUCUGCUGGAUCACUGCUACAGUUCUGGAGGAGCUGUUGAAAACCAGAGAGGGAGGAGAGCUGCCCAAGACCCUGACUGAGAUGUUCAUCCACUUCCUGGUCGUUCAGGCCAAGGUGAAGAAGGUCAAGUAUGAUGGAGGAUCUGAGACAGAUCCACACUGGAGUCCAGAGAGCAGGAAGAUGAUUGAGUCUCUGGGAAAACUGGCUUUUGAGCAGCUGCAGAAAGGAAACCUGAUCUUCUAUGAAUCAGACCUGGCAGAGUGUGGCAUCGAUAUCAGAGAGGCCUCAGUGUAUUCAGGAGUGUUCACACAGAUCUUCAAAGAGGAGAGAGGACUUUACCAGGACAAGGUGUUCUGCUUCAUCCAUCUGAGCGUUCAGGAGUUUCUGGCUGCUCUUCAUGUCCAUCAGACCUUCACCAACUCUGGAAUAAACUUACUGGUAGAGCAACAGCAAGCAACCUACAAGACACUAAAAGCAAUCAAAGACAAAACUACUCUAAAACAUCUCUACCAGAGAGCUGUGGACCAGGCCUUACAGAGUCCAAAUGGACAUCUGGACUUGUUCUUGCGUUUCCUCCUGGGUCUUUCACUGCAGACCAAUCAGAAUCUCCUACAAGGCCUGCUGACACAGACAGGAAGUAGCUCACAGACCAAUCAGGAAACAGUCGAGUACAUCAAGAAGAAGCUUAAUGAGAAUCUGUCUGCAGAGAGAAGCAUCAAUCUGUUCCACUGUCUGAAUGAACUGAAUGAUCGUUCUCUAGUGGAGGAGAUCCAACAGUCUCUGAGAUCAGGACGUCUGUCCACAGAUAAACUGUCUCCUGCUCAGUGGUCAGCUCUGGUCUUCAUCUUACUGUCAUCAGAAGAACGUCUGGAUGUGUUUGACCUGAAGAAAUAUUCUGCUUCAGAGGAGGCUCUUCUGAGGAUGCUGCCAGUGAUCAAAGCCUCCAACAAAGCUCUACUGAGCAGCUGUAACCUCUCAGAGAGAAGCUGUGAAGCUCUGUCCUCAGUUCUCAGCUCUCAGUCCUCUAGUCUGAGAGAUCUGGACCUGAGUAACAACGACCUGCAGGAUUCAGGAGUGAAGCUGCUUUCUGCUGGACUGAAGAGUCCACACUGUGAACUGGAAACUCUCAGUCUGUCAGGUUGUCUGGUCACAGAAGAAGGUUGUUCUUCUCUGGUCUCAGCUCUGAGCUUCAAUCCCUCCCAUCUGAGAGAGUUGGAUCUGAGCUACAAUCAUCCAGGAGACUCAGGAGUGAAGCUGCUUUCUGCUGCAGUGGAGGAUCCACACUGGAGACUAGAUGCUGUCAGGGUGGACUUUUGUGGAGAGCAGAGGCUGCAACCUGGCUUAAGGAAAUAUGCCUGUGAAAUCACUCUGGACCCAAACUCAGCACACAGAAACCUCAAACUGUCUGACAACAACAAGAGAGUGGAAGUGGUGAGCGAGCAGCAGUCGUAUCUCGAUCAUGCAGAGAGAUUUGAUAUCUUCUGUCAAGUGCUGUGCAGCAAAGAUCUUACCAGUCGUCAAUAUUUUGAGGUUGAGUGGAGUGGAAAGGUUGAUAUAGCAGUGGCCUACAGAGGGAUCAGGAGGAGAGGAUACAGCAGGAACUCCAGGUUUGGAGGGAACGAUCAGUCCUGGUGUCUGAGCUGCGCUGAUUAUUUUUACUCUGUCUGGUACAACAACACAGAGAAGACCAUCUCUCUCCCUUCGUCCUCCAUCUCUAACAGAGUAGCAGUGUAUGUGGACCGUCCUGCUGGCAUUCUCUCCUUCUACAGAGUCUCCUCUGACCAUCUGAUCCACCUCCACACCUUCAACACCACAUUCACUGAACCUCUGUAUGCUGGGUUUCGAGUCUGGAGUGGUUCCGUGUCUCUGUGCUCAAAGACUCCUCUUGUGAAACACAGAAUAUCCAGACUGUCACAGUCUACUGGAUAUGUACACCACCUGUAAGUUUUGCCAGAUUGUGCCACUAUAUUGCCACUUUUACUCAGUAUGUAAAGGUUUCCAUGACGGUCCAUGUCUAUACAUACUGGUGGAAGAGACCGUGGACUCAGAUGGUUAUCGUGUAAAGUUGAGGGACCUUGUUGCCCUUGUUUCUCUUUGCACUUGCUACCCAGAGUCAUUUAUUUGUUGUAUUGUCCUUCAGAGACUACACUGUAGUUGAACCUGUGAGUGUUUUACACUAAACCUUUGAGACAAGCUGCUUAGUCUUUCCGCCGUUUAAUAUUCUUUUCUUUAUUUAUAAUGGAAAUACUGACCUAUUACCAAAUCAGUAUAUAUUUAUUUAUAUUUCAUAUCUAUCCAUUUAAGAAAUUUGGUUCAUUUUGCUUGUGGUGUAAUUCCUCUUUUACCUUAUGUCUAUGAAGUACUUUGGAAAGUAUGGGAAACAUGAUUUGCUCAACUUUAACAAGGAUAGUUGAGUAGUUUGUAAAACAGCUGGAUCUACAUACAUACUAAACUGCUAUCAGACUUUGACUAGAUUUUCCAUCAUUGUUCAAGUUACAGUGUACAACAGAAGUGAGUUCACCCCCAUAUUGUAACAUCUAAAAGUCAAGUGAAUCAAAAUUUAAAUUUGAAUUGAAUUGAAAAUUAUUUCUCAAUAACACGUUGACAAGUGGAGUAUAAGCACACAAAAACAAUUACUUUAGAAAGACUUCAUAGAGGAACCAAAGGAGAAAAUUGAUCCCUGACAAACAAGUUAGAAAAACUGUCAUCAUUGACAGUUAACAGUACACCUGCAACCACCACUUAGUCUAACUGCACAGUACUGUGUAUACCUUUGAAAAACAAAUUUCAUUGCACAAUGUUAAAACAUGGGUUUUCUUUAGUUUAUCAAAGAAAAACUUUUUAUGCUUUUUGGCACAAAACUGCAAGUUGAAACUUUGCCAAAAACAUAAAAAAGGCAUUUGGUGUGGACCUGGUCAGGACUACUACAGUGAAUGCAUCGACCCAACAAUGACACACAAAGGCAUGAGUGUAAUGAUGUGGAGCUAAAUAAGUUCAAUGGGUGUUUUAGGGAUGACAUUUACAGAUGGCAUCAUGAAUGCCUGUGCAUAUACCAAAAACACUGACUGCCAAGAUAACUACCAGUCUGUAAAAGUUUGGCAGAAGAGGAAUGUUUCACCAUGCUAACCAUACAAAACACACUGUCUGAAUCACACAACAGUAAAGAGAGAAUGAUUUGGCCAGCUGUGUAAUGUGACUUAAAUCCAAUAACAUCUUUGGGGUAUUUUAAAGAGAAAAGAGCAUUUCUCCAGAAAUUUGUACAUUAAUGUAUCCGUUGUGAUGAUAAGGAUUUAGUAUGUCAUAAAAAAUAAAAACAAUCCUAAGGUAAGGAUGAAAGGUGUGAUGACUUUUGUUGCACUGAAUUCACACUAAAACAGUUUUAUUUGGCAAUAAAACAGGAAGGCUGACACCUCAAGGGACUAAAGACUAACAUCCUAAUUUCUCUUUUUUGGGCUGUUUUUAGUCAGUUAGUUUUAAUUAAUCAUUAAAUGUUCACCUUAUUCAGCUUGUCUGUACUAAUUUUAUAUUGUUGUAUUUAAUGUAAUUAAUGUGUAUUGUUGUAUUUUAUCUUUUACAUGUAUUAUGCUUUUAUAUUUGCCUGUAAAGCAUUUUGUAUGUGACAGUAAUAUGGCCUAUUUCUAACUCCAUGCAAUUUAGUGUGUGGGCAGGGUUUAAUUUAAAGAAAGAUCAAAUAUAUCAAAGGAUUUAGAUUUAAUUGUAUCAGAUACAUUAAGUCUCUUUCUCUGUCAUUUCCUCUUUUGCUCUUACCUGCUUCUCUCCUACUGUCUUUUGUAGAUUUUGAUGUUCAGAUUUAUGCAGAAAUGUAAAAGAAUAUGAUUGAAAUGAAAUUUGAGGAGAUGUGUCGAGUUAAUUUGUCCCUUUCCCUCAUUCUGUCUUCAUUUUUGUGUAUGUGAAUCUUUGAAUGUAGCCUCUGAUUUGUAUUUUUCCUUAAGAUCAUGGUUGUUUUGUGUAGAAUAAAUCAAGCAAGCUGUGCUAUUAUGUUACUGUAGCAUUUUUUUAGCUGACGAUUUCACAGUCUUUGCUGUUUCUCUUCUGACUCACUGUUAUACAAAGGUUAAUGUGACUGCACAAAUAAAUGAAAUCAGUUCCUGCAGGAAAGACAAAUGUCCUCAGAUGAAAUGAAAUAAGCUGUACCUGCAUUUUUCACAUUAAACUGACUGAUUUAUACAUAAAUUA